UGCCUCCACUGCGAUAUGCAUAGCGACCAUUUGUAGUGAGAGAGUCGUGGGUGAAAAGCAAGAGAGAGAGAGACAGAGAGGUAGCCAUGGCUGCAGCAGCAUCGCCACCGUCGGAGCAACCCCUCUUGACUCCAUACCGGAUGGGGAAAUUCUCACUUUCACAUAGGGUUGUGUUAGCACCAUUGACAAGACAAAGAUCCUACGGGAAUGUGCCUCAGCCUCAUGCCAUCCUGUAUUACUCCCAAAGAACUACAAAGGGUGGUCUUCUAAUCAGUGAAGCCACAGGUGUUUCAGACACUGCCCAAGGCUAUACUGAUACACCUGGAAUUUGGACAAAGGAACAAGUGGAGGCAUGGAAGCCAAUUGUUAAUGCUGUUCAUGAGAAGGGUGGUAUAUUCUUUUGCCAGAUUUGGCAUGUUGGAAGAGUUUCUAACACUGGCUUUCAGCCUAAUGGACAGUCUCCAAUUUCAUCUACUGAUAAGCCGCCAAGGAGUAUGACAUCAGGUACAGAUGACUUCUCUCCACCUCGUCGGCUGAAGACAGAAGAAAUCCCCGAAAUUAUCAAUCACUUCAGACUUGCCGCCAGGAAUGCCAUUGAAGCUGGCUUUGACGGAGUAGAGAUCCAUGGAGCCAACGGAUAUCUGUUGGAUCAAUUCAUGAAGGACCAUGUGAAUGACCGGACAGAUCAGUAUGGAGGCAGUCUAGAGAAUCGAUGCCGCUUCGUGCUAGAAGUAGUUGAAGCAAUUUGUCAAGAAAUUGGAGCAGAUAAGGUUGGCAUAAGACUUUCACCUUUUUUAGAUUAUGCAGAUUCAGGAGACUCAGAUCCGGAAGCUCUCGGGCUUCACAUGAUGGAAGCACUGAACAAGUAUGGGCUUGUCUAUGCACAUGUAAUGGAACCGAUGAAGAUCACUACUGGGGGAACAGUGGAAACUCCCCAUGGUCUGCUUCCAUUUAGGAAAGCCUUCCAAGGAACUUUCAUUGCUGUCGGUGGGUAUAACAAGGAAGAUGGAAACAAAGCAAUUGCUGAAGGUUAUGCAGAUUUAGUUGCGUUUGGUAGACAUUUCUUGGCUAACCCAGACUUGCCUAGGAGAUUAGAGCUCAACGCCCCUCUCAAUAAGUACAACGGUGCUACCUUCUGCACAUCAGAUCCUGUCAUCGGCUAUACAGAUUAUCCAUUCCUUGACUGUUAAAUUGAUUGGUUCUUCUGGUUCAGAGCUUUGUUGAAAUCGAAACCGAAGCUGCUAAGGAGUGGUUUGGUAUUCAUUGAAUCAAGGAUCUGAGCUCAUGUGAGUGACCAUGGAGAUAUAAAAGAGUAAUUCAUUAGGUUCAUGUGAAUACGAGCACUGUUGCCUGCUAAUUUUUUUAUGUGCGACUCUGUUUCAAGGAGAUUCCAACACAAUGAAAUGUUACAGAUGAGUUCAGUGCCUGUUAGGUGUGUAAGAAACUAUGCUGUGUAUAAAGCAUUCUUGUCUUAUUAAUGGC